GCCUGGGAGCACCGCAGCAGAGUGGGCACCGGUUACUCUGGUGACGUGUAAGUAGCAAUGAUACCAGGAAGUGUGAACUAGGGAAGCAAAAUAGUUUUGGUAAAUUGAUUAUUUUCACUCGUUAUCAAAGAAUAUAAUUUAUUCUGUAGUGAAUAGGUGUAUACUCUAGUUGUGUAACAUAUUACCAGCCGUCUAGUGAGCUACCAUGGGACGACAUGGGGGCGUUGGUUUAGCGGUUUUCGCACUCGUGCUGGUCUUUUGCGAAGCAAGAAGACACAAACUCGCCCUAAAGAAUGACUCUAGAUUUGUGGUUCAUCUCAACACCUUUGGUUUCUUUGCCAACGGAACCCUGGACGUCAACGUUCUCUCCCUGAGACUGCCCGAGGGCAACAGCAAGCACCCUGUGGGAUUCAGUCUCUCCAAGUCUCGUGUUAAUGGCGUGCUGUCCUACACAGCGGAGGAGACGUCGGUGUGUCCGCUCAGCAAACACAGCGGUGUUGAGCCCUUCUUCCUCUUCCUCAUUGACACCAACAACCUCAGAGUCAAUGUGAGGUCUUCUGGAGACCAGGACAGCGUCUUGACCCAGCUGAAGACAGACAAGACACUCACUGAAGACUCAGGUUCCAGGAGAAGAAGAGCAACUGUCAAUGACUUGAAAGUGACAGUACAGAAGAGUAAUGUGGAGGAAAUGAAGAAAGAUAUAGUGCUGAAGGAGGAGGGGACGAAGGAGGAAAUGAAGAAAGCUGGAGUGCUGAAGGAGGAGGGGACGAAGGAGGAAAUGAAGAAAGAUGUAGUGCUGAAGGAGGAGGGGACGAAGGAGGAAAUGAAGAAAGCUGGAGUGCUGAAGGAGGAGGGGACGAAGGAGGAAAUGAAGAAAGAUGUAGUGCUGAAGGAGGAGGGGACGAAGGAGGAAAUGAAGAAAGCUGGAGUGCUGAAGGAGGAGGGGACGAAGGAGGAAAUGAAGAAAGAUGUAGUGCUGAAGGAGGAGGGGACGAAGGAGGAAAAGAAGAAAGAUCCAGUGCUGAAAGAGGAGGGGACGAAGGAGGAAAAGAAGCCAGAACCCAAGGAGGAAAAAACGGGGCGGAUCAACGGGCUGACUCUGGAUGUGCAGAAAAUCAAUGGCUCCUACAGCUUCAGGUUCCACAUGGUGAUUGGCCAGUUGGAUGAGGGCCUGUACAACCUCGACUUCCACUACUGCGAGAACAUUCUGCCAGGCAACAACCGCCCCUACACUCUCAACGUGGAGGUGACGGAGAAGAACCCAGGAGGUUACCUGUCAGCAGCAGAGAUCCCUCUCCCUCGUCUCUACAUCUUCAUGGCUGGAGUUUUCUUCAUUAUAGCCAUGGUCUGGGUUUACACACUGCUGAAGCACAGGUACAGUGUGUUUAAGAUCCACUGGCUGAUGGCAGCUCUGGCCUUCACCAAGUCCAUCUCCCUGGUUUUCCACAGCAUCAACUACCACUUCAUCAACACGGAGGGACACCCCAUAGAAGGAUGGGCUGUCAUGUACUACAUCACCCACCUGUUGAAGGGGGCUCUGCUGUUCAUCACUCUGGCGUUGAUUGGUACUGGCUGGGCCUUCGUUAAAUACAUCCUGUCAGACAAGGAGAAGAAGAUCUUCAUGAUCGUCAUCCCUCUACAGGUUCUGGCCAACGUAGCCUACAUCAUAAUAGAGUCUACAGAGGAGGGCUCUAGUGAGUACGCCCUGUGGAAGGAGGUUCUGUUCCUGGUUGACCUCAUCUGCUGUGGAGCUAUCCUCUUCCCUGUUAUAUGGUCUAUUCGUCACCUACAAGAGGCUUCCAGCACUGAUGGGAAAGCUGCCAUGAACCUGGAGAAACUCAAACUAUUCAGACAUUACUACGUCAUGAUAGUGUGUUAUAUCUACUUCACGAGGAUCAUCGCCAUCCUGCUGAAGGUGACGGUGCCUUUCCAGUGGCAGUGGUGUUAUGAGUUCCUAGUGGAGGUGUCGACUCUGAUCUUCUUUGUGUUGACGGGGUAUAAGUUCCGCCCGGCUUCCAACAACCCCUACCUCCAGCUGCCCCUGGAUGAGGAGGACGUGGAGAUGGACGAAGUGGUGACGGAGUCAGGUAUGUUGGAGGGCAUCUCUAAAGUCAAGAAGACAUCUAAUGGUCGCGAGCGCCAGAAAGAGUCUACCUUGUGAGAGUGUGUGUGAAGAGGGGUGUGUGUUCUAAACACCCAUAACCCCUCAACGUUGGAGAGAAACGGGGACUGAAAUGGACCAAGACACACCCUUUACCCCUCCCCUAAAACACUUCCCCUCGAUCUGAAACUGGGUGGCUGUUACUAAAGCAACCACCGCCUCGCUAUGCAACAAGACGAACGAU